AUGGCCAGCCAGCCAGAGGACCCCGGCCCUUCUGAUAUUGACGUCGACUCUUCAGACAUCGAAGUCGAGAGUUCAGAAUCAGAAACAGAGCAAUACUCCGACGGGGAAGAAUCAAUAAAAUCAACUCGCUCCUUAUACCAAAAUAUCCCGCACGUCGAAGAAAAUGGCCGUCGAUACUGCGACGAGAACUACUUUAUGCCAAACGAUGAAACAGAGCUCACUCGUCUUAACAUUGUCCACCAAAUCUAUCUCAUCCUCCAAGAAGGUCGCCUCACUCUAGCCCCAUUACCCACCGCCAACCCCCGCAUCUUAGACAUUGGCACCGGCCCCGGCGACUGGGCCAUCGAGAUGAGCGCCGAACACCCAGACGCUACCAUCAUCGCCUCAGAUCUAGGCAUCUUCGACUCGGGUCUUGGUCACGUCUCUUUACCAAAUGUGGACUUCCAACUCGCAGACGCCCAAUCCCAAUGGACAUAUCAUGAACCCUUCGACCUUAUUCAUAUCCGCGGUCUAUCCGGUGCAUUCAACGACUGGCCUGCGAUCUACCGACAAGCCCUAAUACACCUAAAGCCAGGUGGAUACCUCGAAAUCUCAGAGACCGAUCCAGCCGGUGAAACAAUAAGCAUUGAAGCAGAAUCUGAAACUCCAAAUCUCGCCAUAUUCGCCUCAGCACUUCGUGAAGCUGGUCAAGCAGCGGGGUAUCCGCGAGACCUGCAUCAUCUAAAGAAAGAGGCCUUCGUAAAUGCAGGGUUUACAGAAAUCAACGUGAUUGAACGUACAUUCCCAAUCGGAUUAUGGCCAGAUGAUAUACAUGAGAAAACGCUCGGCAAGAUGGCUCUUAUUGCAUUGCUGGAAGGUCUUGAAGCGCACUCUUUGCGUCCGUUGACGAAAUUUGCGGGGUAUACUCUUUCUGAUGCGAAGGAUUUAUAUGAGCGUGUUCAGGAGGAGGUUCUCUCUGCGCAAAGGAUUACGGGGCGUGUACGUAUUGUUAUGGGGAGGAAACCUUCUUCUUAUGCUCAACGCAGAGGGGAUGUUUUGGCGAGGGCUAGAGCUAGGAUUCAGUUGGUGCAUGAGAGACAGGCUGAAAGGGAUCAAGAUCAAGAUUCAUAG